CUCUCUCUCCUACUGCGUCACGUAUUGAAAGUCCUCACGACAAGAGAACUAGUCACGAUCACUGAUUAGACUUCUGGAAUCGAGAGAGAAAAAUCCAGUUGGAGUUGAGAGUGAGUAAAUGAGUGUACCUCACAGGAUACCAAGACUCUCACACUAAAGAAGGUCUUCUAGAGGCUGAAGUGGAGUGUUUAUUUGGAAUACAGAUGCAGGGUUGGACCAGCUAUUGAGAUUACUAACAGAGGCCUAUACAUCCAGAACCCAGGUCUCACAGACCGUAUUUACUGUCGCCAUCGCUGAGAACAUUGAGAGAUGGCUCUGGAAAGUGUUCCAGACCCCCCUGACCCGGCAGGGUCACCAGAGGACUGGGUCCAGUGGGCUGUGCUGCGCCUGCAGAUGGAGCCCUGGGCGUUGGGGGGCAUUGUGGUCAUAGGGCUGUUCCUGCUGAUGAUCCUGGCCCUGGUGGUCUUCGCUCUAAUAUAUGGCUGUUGCUGCUCACCUGGAGGGGGGAAGAGGAGGAUGAAGAAGGGGGUGCUUUAGAGAAGUGGGUCCCACUCUCCAUGACUGUUCUACGACCAUUUAUAUUUUCUCUACCCCCUACGUCUACGAUGACUUUUCCAAAAGAAAAGACAGUGCAAAAAAAGCUUCCAGCCCCAAGCAUUAUUAAUGGGACCAUCAUUUAAACAAACACUCUGAGGAAUGUCUGAAUUGGCUCGUCAUUCGAUCCAAGUCGGGGCGGCAGCGUAGCCUAGUGGUUAGAGCGUUGGACUAGUAACCGGAAGGUUGCGAGUUCAAACCCCCGAGCUGACAAGCUCUGUCGUUCUGCCCCUGAACAGGCAGUUAACCCACUGUUCCCAGGCUGUCAUUGAAAAUAAGCAUAUGUUCUUAACUGACUUGCCUGGUUAAGUAAAGGUAAAAUAGAUCAAAUAAAAAAGUCAAGAUAAUAACGUUCAUAAAUUGAUUUGUGUAUUUGGUUAUGAAAUUGUGCUGUUUGAUUAUAAUUAAAUGUUGAAACUUUAAAUGAAUCCUUUCAAUAAAAAACUAUAUGCAUAUCAUUAGCGAUGCUGAGAGGGACGUCGUCUUGUAUAGCAGAGCCAGAAUGGGUCACAAGAUGGCGGGUGUGUCAGAAUGGACUUGGAGAUGGAGUCAUUGAGGAUGGAAAGAAGGAGUGGGCAGGAGUAAACAUAUUAAGAGUAAAUAUAGAGUUCUGCAGAAGGACAUGGAACAUGAAUGGCAGGUGUGGUAAAGAACACAGAGUUUAAGUCAGAUUGUGUUUUUUUGCCCAGUAGGAGUGAGAUUUUGGAUCCUUGCCUUCUGGCUGACCCAUAUGUGGUAUCAGGUUGGGUGGAGAAGAGGUUGGGGAAUGUUGGGUUGGUGAAAGUGACUUUCCCCUGGUUCCCGUUGUCAAGGGGGAGCGUUCACUCUGCACCACGGGUCUGGGGACUGUGACAUGCUUUCCUCUCUGGAGCAGGGCGCCUUUGAAAGGAGUCAUAACUGGUGUGGCGUUAAGUGUUGAUGAGGGUCAACUGAAGUUGAAGAUUCCCGGUGUCUGUGACGCCUGUCAUUUGAUGUGACGCAGACCGAGUGUAGAACGUGGUGAAACAGAGAAGACACGGUACUAUUGAUGCAGAGUUUUUACCAGAGAAAGUCAAGUUAGGAUGUGUCCGUUAGAGUUUUUGUCCCAAACCCAUUACGGUGUUUUAGGUGAUUCCUAGAUGUGAUAAGUGUGCAGGAGGACAUGAGACAAAGGAAUGUGUGUGUGUAAACUGUGGGGGUAUCAAUGGUGCUGGAGAUCAGAUGUGUCCGGUGAGAGAAAGGCAGGUUGAGGUUACCAGGAUCACAGUAGUGCAGAAGGUGCCCUGUGCUGAGGCGGUGAAGAGAGUAGUUGAGGAAGAUGGGUCCAGGGUGAGGGAUCCUAAGAAGAUCCCUGGGAGUCGAGGGAAUAGCAUGUGCUUCAGUAACGUUGGUUUGUUGGCAUUCAUGACCAUGGUGGUCAAGUAUACAGCUGGAAUGGAACGUAAAAUCACAGAGGAUAGAUGUUGUGGUGGCAGCUGCAGAGAAGUACUUGGGAUUUAUAUAUGUUUUAUUUUAUUUAACCAGGAAGGGCUCAUUGAGAUUUAAAAUCUCUUUUUCAAGAGCAUCCUGACCAAGAUAGGCAACACCAAGUCAAUACAAAAAAAUGCAAGUAUUUACUGCAGAACAGUUGCAGAGGGUGUUGAGUGGUAGUGUCAUGUCCUCCCAGACUGUUGAUCUUCUAGAGAGUAAGAUUAGAUAGGGUUAAAUAUUGGAAUGUGGUGGUGCGGUUUUUGUUAUUAUUUUGUGAGGGCUAAUAGUUGGUAGGGUCAUUUUCCUUUUCUUUUCGUAGGUAGGCUGUGAAUGGCCUCACACUCCAGUACAGUAGGUGACGGUGUAUGUACCUAAAAGUUGGAUGCGAUCUGCAAACCAAAUCCUAAAGAAGAUGACGUGACGUCAUCGUUAUGCGACCAGUGGAGAAAUGGCGAGCAGCAAAAAUAGUGUACUUCUCUCUUCUUUGGCGGAGUAUGGCGACGACUCUGAGCCAGAUUCCAACCCAGAAAACGAAGAAACAGAGAGCCAUGGAGUAGGUCUGGUGUCAGCUGCCUAUGGGGAGGACGACAUUAGCCGGAUUGAGGAUGGCGACGACAAGGCAUCUGGAGACGAGGACAGCGGGGAGAGCUCCCGUAACUCUGAAAUGGAUGAGUCAGACGAGGGGGGAGACACCGAUGAUUAUAAGGAGAUCCCAGAGGCAGACAGGAGAGACCCCAAUGAGCUGGUCGCUCUGUUCUCAGAGAAAGUGAGGAACAUGUCACCUGACAAGAUCCGGAUCCCCCCUGAACCACCUGGACGCUGCUCCAGUCACCUACAGGUGAAGAUCCAGAAGCUGUAUGAGAAGAAUCUACAUGGAGACUUAGACACAAACAACCACAUUCAGAGGAAGAAAGAGUUCAGGAAUCCCAGUAUCUAUGAGAAACUCAUUCAGUUCUGUGGCAUAGAUGAACUGGGAACCAACUACCCUAAAGACAUGUUUGAUCCUCACGGCUGGCCAGAGGACUCUUACUAUGAGGCACUGGCCAAAGCUCAGAAAGUAGAGAUGGAUAAACUGGAGAAAGCCAAGAAGGACAAGACGAAGGUGAGGACCACAGGCGUUUUAGUUGCCUUGAAGAGGCCACCCGAGAUUGAGUUUGUGACGGCCACUAAGAAGGGCAGCAACCCCACCAACGCAGCAGUUCCCACAACCAAUACGGCUGCUAGUACCGUGACAGAAGCUCAGAAGAGGAAGAGUAAGUGGGACUCUGCGGUGCCCGUGACCCUGGCCCAGCCCGCCCUGCUCACUACCACGACAUCCCUGCCAGCGGUUGUCUCCGUGACGACCACCGCCAGCGGAACCAAGACCACUGUAAUCUCUGCCGUAGGCACCAUCCUGAAGAAAGCCAAGCAGUGAACAGGGAGGAAGUAUGUGUUUUUGGAUGGAUGAGAGGAUAGAAGAGAGGAUGGAUGAGAGGAUGAGAGGAUGGAUGAGAGGAUGGAUGGAUGGAUG